GGCCGGCCCACUUCAGUUUGUUGAGAAUAUGAGAUGAUCUUAAUUCUUGGCUGUCAUAGACUAAUGCUCUGCUCUCUCACAUGAAGGAAAUGUCACUAUCACGACCUAAUUCCACGCGUCUGGACCGUUGUUUCGGCCGAUCGAGCGACUUAUAUUUACAAGGUAAUCCCCGUCGCACGCCCUGUCGGGGUAUUCUACCAUCCCUUUUAUCUUUGUUGUUGCCCCUUGUUCGUCCGGUCCACUGUGCCGGAACUCUGUUUGGCAGAAAAGCUACUCCCAGCGUGCGUUGGGAGACGUGAAGAAUAUGGAAACCGUAAGCAGGUGUGAAGAAAAAAAAUAAGCCAUCCGGGACA